CCUCACUUUUUUCAAAUAACAAGUGUUCUGGUCACAGUAGAAAAAACUGUCUGGUAUCAGAUUUUAAUUCGUUGUUAUUAAAAAGUUAAAGCUCUUAGUAGAUUAUAAUUUUAGUAUAUUACAUCUUUUUCAUUUCAUAUUCCUUGGUUUAGCUCCGAUCGCCUGAGAAAAACAUAUAAGAUGAGUAUUUCUCUUGAAGAUGAGAUGAAAUUAUCUCAAAAUUCCAUACAGUAUUUACAUAAUCUUUCAACAUCCGAAGAGCUUAAGGAACCCAUACUGCAAUCGGCAUUUUCCAUAAAGAGAAGACUAAUAGAGCUGAGAAGAAACACUUUUCUACCAACAAGUGUAGUAAAAGGAAAUCAAAGGUGCCCGAGAUGUUUGCUCAAUUGGUCGGAAGGACCUGCAUCUUACAGAAUAAAGUCCGGUCCGAAGAAACAUGAAUUUGCCAAGAAGAUAAAUUCAAAAUUGAAACAAGGAUUGGUUCUGACAAGUUAUCAGACAAAAUACUUCAAGAAAAUGGAUAAUUUUGAAGGGAAUUAUUUGGUUGUAACAUGUAAAUUUUGUCAAAAAGAAACCGACAUAAAGUUAGAGAAACCAAAAAAAAUUAAAAAAUCAAAAUCAUCUACAUUGGUGAAACAGAAGAAAAAGAAAAAACGUGACAAAUUUUGUGGACUUAAUCAAGAUGUCGUUUUGUCACUCACACACCAGAAAACUCCAAAGCUAGACAAUUCGGACACAGUUUCCUUGGAUUCUGAAAUAAUGCAUACCCCAAAACUGAAACUCAGUAAGAGAGACAGCGGUGUCCAAAAGGUCCCGACUCUUGAGAAAAAUAUUAAGGAAAACGCCAAGAAAAAGAAGAAGAAAAACAAAAAUCUUAAUAAAUUGAGUGAGGUUCUCAACAGUUCUAAUACAUCUUGUAGUCCAUCGACAAAUCUUAAACAUUUUCUAAAGGGUUUAUAGUAAAUAAAAAAUUAUGUAAGGUAUAAA